UCCCAUUAGUUUGCAAAAUCAAGGCAAGCCCAUCCCAAAGAGCUGUUUAAGCUCAAAGCAAGCAUGCCAAAUAUCUAUAUUGGCUUCUCCUGCUUUUUAAUUUGUACGUUUGCAACAACCACAACUAGUUUGGUGUGUUAGUUCAUCUCCUCUUCUUCACAUAUCCCAUCUUAACAUAUCACAUCUUAACAUAUCACAUUUUACACUUUCUUUCUCUCACUCCCCUUUGUCUCUCUCAAUGGAGUUGCCAGUUUCCGGUGGCCGGAGAAUCCCAUAUAGAAUAGAAACCAAAAAUGUGUCCUACAAAUUAUGUGGCCUCUUUGAUGAACUAAAUUGGGUGUGUGGUUUUGAAACUCCAAAGAGAGCCCCUAAUAAGUUCAUUUUGAAGGGUGUAAAUUGUGAAGCUAGGCCUGGAGAGAUCACAGCAAUUGCUGGUCCUAGUGGAGCUGGAAAAACCACACUGCUAGAGAUUCUAGCCGGAAAGAUAUCACCAAGGAAAGUUUCAGGUCAGGUAUUGGUGAAUGAUUGGCCUAUCGAAGCUAAAAUUUUUCGGAGAAUAUCGGGAUAUGUCACCCAAGAUGAUGCUUUGUUUCCAUUACUUACAGUAGAAGAAACACUCAUGUAUAGUGCUCUGCUAAGGCUAAGGGGUGGGAGAGGUGAGGCUGCCAUUAGAGUCAAAGAGCUAAUGAAGGAGCUUGGGUUGGAUCAUGUUGCAGGUUCCAGGAUUGGCGGAAAAUCAAAUCGAGGCAUUUCAGGUGGGGAAAGGCGUAGAGUUUCGAUUGGAGUUGAUUUAGUUCAUGAUCCGGCUGUUAUUUUGAUCGAUGAACCAACUUCAGGGUUGGAUUCAGCCUCAGCUCUUCAUGUGCUCUCAUUGCUUAGAGCAAUGGUGGUAAAUCAGGGUAAGACAAUUGUUUUAACCAUCCACCAACCUGGUUUUCGAAUCCUCGAGUUGUUUGAUCGCAUUGUUUUGCUUUCAAAUGGAUUUGUCAUGCAUAACGGAUCGCUGGAUCUUCUUGAGGAGAGGCUUAAGUUGGCUAGUCAUGGCAUUCCCCCACACGUCAAUGUGCUUGAGUUUGCUAUUGAUGUCAUAGAAAGCUUGGUUAUUCAAACUUCAGAAACUCUCAUUGACCAAAGUAAUAUUGAAGAACAUAAAGAUGAAGUUCUUAAAAUGAGGAAUGUUGCCUACCCCAACAUUAAUGGAGAAGGAAACCUUCUCUUCUACCCAAAUUCUCGACUUGAGGAGGUUUUGAUAUUAGGACAAAGAUUUUGCAACAACAUAUUCAGAACCACGCAACUCUUUGCCACAAGAGUCAUACAAGCUUUGGUGGCCGGUUUAGUACUGGGGACCAUUUUCAUGAAUGCAGGCAGAGAACAAGGGGAAGUGGCCUUACAAACCCGAAUUGGGUUUUUCGCCUUCAGUCUCACCUUCUUGCUAUCUUCCACAACAGAAGGCCUACCAAUUUUCUUGCAAGAGCGAAGAAUUUUGAUGAAUGAGAUUUCAAGAGGAGCUUAUAGAGUAUCUUCUUACAUUAUAGCGAACACCCUUGUCUUUCUUCCUUUCCUUUUAAUGGUUGGUCUUCUCUACACAACCCCAGUUUAUUGGCUAGUUGGUUUAAAGAAGGACUUUAAUGGAUUCCUUUACUUUUCUAUGGUGGUUUGGAUGGUUCUAUUAAUGUCCAAUUCUUUUGUAGCGUGUUUCAGUGCUCUAGUGCCAAACUUCAUCAUGGGUAACUCAGUGAUUUCAGGGCUAAUGGGCUCUUUCUUUCUCUUUUCUGGGUAUUUCAUAUCAAAGGAAAACAUACCUAGUUAUUGGAUUUUCAUGCAUUACUUGAGUUUGUUCAAGUACCCUUUUGAGUGUUUUAUGAUAAAUGAGUAUGGAGGAGAGCAAGGGAGGACUAAGUGCAUACAAUUUGUGGAAGGACAAUGCAAUUUGUAUGGAAAUGGGUUCCUAAGACAGCGAGAUCUGAAAGAGUCACAGAAAUGGAGCAAUUUAGCUGUGAUGUUGGGUUUCAUCAUUGGGUAUAGAGUGCUUUGCUUUUUCAUUUUGUGUUUCAGAUGUUACAAAAUCAGAAGCUAGAUAUACUCUACAAU